AUGUUCGAAUGUUUUUUUGUUUUCCAAAUUCUUAACAUACUCUGUCUUACAGUAAGUUUAGAGAAAGGUUUUUUAAAAGUUGGUUUGGAUAAAAAUCUAAAUACACUAUCUAGUUCUUCAAUUAUAAAUAUCAGUAUUUGAAUAAAACAUUUUCCAAAAUUAAAAAAAAGCACUAAAAUGGUAUACUGUAGCACAGAGAAGUUUGUAUACACGGCGACGUACAAGUGCACACCAAAUGUUUCUUUUUUUUUCAAAAAAAAAUUUAUUCGCUGAUUUUCAACCGAAAGCUUGUUUUUUAUCUUUAUUAUUACCCGCAGAGCAAGAUUUCGCAGUCGAAAAUUUCUCAUUUCAACUCUGAAAAUCAGUAUUGGCGUGGCAAAGUUGUGAAAUGUUGUGAAAACAAAUGUUUAGCAAAUAUAAACUUUGCCACGUCAUAACUCAAACUUUUUGUAGAACCUUCAAAAUUCCAGAUAAAUCUCAUCACUGUCUGUAAAAAGAAGAAAGCAAAAAAAUGCCCGGUUCGUAAUGUUGGCAAUUCGAUUCGUGGAAACGUCACCGAAGGCCCGCAACAAAACAGUACUCAAACUUCAGUACCAGCAACACCGGAAGAAAUGGCAAAAGGAAUAAGUAUGAUGAAUAAAAAAGAAAAAGAGGAUUCAAAGAAGAAGGAUGCAGCAAAUAUGUUCCAAAAACCCAAAGUUCGCGAGUUUGGAAAAUCGAAAAAGAAGUCGAGUAAAGGUGCAGCACCGGCUGGUGAUAAAUCAGAUCCUGAGUAAGAACCUUGAAACCCCUUCCCAGGUGAAAAUAUUUGAAUUUUUAGAGAGGCCUCAACUCAAAGUGCACCCACUGAUCCAAUCAGCCAAGGAUCUCCAGCUGUUGGUGCGAAUGCUGACGAAAAUAAGAAAAAUGCGUCAACUCAAAAUGAGCCGCCAAAAGAGCCGCCAGUCAAAAAAGAAGAUCCGGAUAGCACAAGUGAGUUUUUCAAUUACUUAGUAAAGAAAUAUAUUAAUACAUUUUCAGGCACCGGGAUUCAAGAUUCAAACAUUGCUCCAGUUCAACCAUAA